GUGAGUGAGUAGCACAUACAGCCAAUCAGCCGUUACCAUUUGCACAACUGGUGUUUGUGGAUUAGUUUCUCUCUUCUCAAUUUCAUUUUCAAUCUGAAAUGGCGGCGGCGGCUCGAGUUCUCACGAUCGCGGCCGCGGCUAAUUCCUCUUCUUUCUUCUUCAGAGGUCCAUCUCUGAGAUCUCACGCUAUCGGCGGCAUAUGCAUCAACAACAGGUCUGCCGCUAGAAGGAAUCUGCUCACUUGCCGCGCUAUAUACAACCCCGACGUUCAGAUCAAAGAAGAAGGCCAGCCCGAAACCCUAGAUUACCGAGUUUUCUUCCAUGACAAGUCUGGAAGAAAGAUUUCCCCUUGGCAUGAUAUACCAUUGCAUUUAGGCGAUGGCGUUUAUAAUUUCAUAGUUGAGAUUCCUAAAGAGUCCAGUGCUAAGAUGGAGGUCGCCACAGAUGAAGUCUUUACUCCUAUAAAGCAGGAUACAAAGAAGGGGAAACUUCGUUUCUACCCAUACAAUAUUAAUUGGAACUAUGGAUUGCUUCCACAAACAUGGGAAGAUCCAUCACAUGCAAACAAUGAAGUUGAAGGAGCAUUUGGUGAUAAUGAUCCAGUUGAUGUGGUGGAGAUUGGCGAUGUUCGCGGAAAGAUUGGACAGAUAAUGAAGGUUAAACCAUUAGCUGUUUUAGCUAUGAUUGAUGAAGGUGAACUUGAUUGGAAAAUCGUUGCUAUUUCAUUGGAUGAUCCUAGGGCUUCACUUGUUAAUGACAUCGACGAUGUUGAGAAACACUUCCCGGGCACUCUUACUGCAAUAAGGGAUUGGUUUAGAGACUAUAAGAUCCCAGAUGGAAAGCCUGCUAACAAGUUUGGUCUUGGAAACAAGCCAGCUAACAAGGAUUACGCACUCAAGGUUAUCAAGGAGACAAACGAAUCGUGGGCUAAACUCGUCAAGAGAACUAUUCCUUCUGGAGAGCUAUCACUUGUAUAAAUUGGCCAUUGGUUAGUAUAUUAUUGGCAGAUGAGAUAAUAUCUUCGACUAACCUUCGUUUUUGUCAUUGGUUCUACUUUUUUAUUGGCUGAAAUUCACCACUAUUUGAGAUUGACUGUUGAAAUAAAUAGUUUGAUUA